AUGGAGGACUCCAGACGGAGCAGAUGUAACAGCCUCGACACCAGCUCAGUUUUUAAAAAGGAGCUGCUGAUCCCAGGAAACUACGAAACCUUCGACCCCGAGGGCUCCGACCCUCUGAUUAACCUCGAGCCCACGCCAGCAGAGGUUGCACAGUGCGAGGCUGAAGUGGGCCUCCUGCUCAGCUUCAUCGCUGAUCUGAACAAGAAGAUGGGCUCACUAAAGGCUCCGAGUGAACCAGGUGAUCUGAGAUCACCAAGUCCAUCCAGGCCUCUAGUUCCAGACCUUCUGUCUCACCGUCUGGUCAGGAGCAGCCCAGACAGGAAUGCUGCGUCCAUCAUCACAUCUAAACACCCACUGACCAACCAAGGCGGAGGUGUCGUCUGGACCAAACUGGAGGAGGUUUUAUCAUCAGUGGAAGACUCCAUCAGCUUUAGGAGGACAUGGGCUGCUCCAAUCACAGCCUCUGACCAGAACAAACACAAAGAGCACCUGAGAGCAGCUCAGGAAAACUGGGCUAAAGCCACUCAGAUACUGGAGGAGAUGGAGAAGGAUUUUGGGAUCUCAUGUCCGUCAGGCAUGCCAAAGGACCCGAACCUGGACAACUUGUUGGAUGCAGAAAAACCCGAGGCUGUUCCCAGAAACACUCUGCAGGAAGGGUUGCAGAGAACACCAGGCUCAGUCUGUCCUUCAGAAGAGGAGAUAAACAAGCUGACGGGCCUCCACAAGGUCUGGAGGUCUGGCAGCUUGUCUCCUUCUUACAGGCCUCCUUCUGGGGCUCGCAGUCCAGACUGGGCUUCUCCUUCCUACCCUGGGUCACCUUUACCCUACAGAAGGACGUCUCGAGCAGUAAAACCUCUGUCUUUGGGCGGGGACGGGUGUCUGGGCUCCGUCACCUCAAACAGUCCGUGUCCCAGCCCCAUCGGUCUGGAGUCUGAAACAGAGCGACUGAACAGAUGCAUUGAGAGGCUGAAGGCCAGAAACGAACGUCUGACCGCAGCUCUGGAGCGAAGGAAGGCCGAGUCGGAGCAGAUCAGCCUGAAACUAAACCGACUGGAGACCGACUGCUCGGCCCUGCAGCUGCUUCUCAGAUACAGUGAGGAGUGCGAGGAGGCCUACAGUGAACUGCUGUCACUUUAUGAGACCAAAAGGCAGCAAAGCUCUCCUCUGCAGACAGACUCAGCAGAACCAGUCGGUGACAAGCAGCAGGCUGACAGUCCAUCAGCUCAGCUCAGGAAAAUGGGAACUGAAGAGUUGUCCACCUCCUUCUCCACAACAGGAGUCAUAGAAGCGACACAGGCACAAAGUCACACAAGUCCAACAAGUCAGAGGACACCUGACCCAGUGGAUCGGGAAGUAGCUCUCCGGCAACAAAUUAAGCGCCUGAGGAAGGAGCGAGCAGCCAUUUGUCUGCCUAAGCCGGAUCUGGGAGCAGAGAGCAGACCACGCUCAGAGACUUGUCCAACAGUUGGGACAAGCUGGGGCCAUGUGCCAAAGGACAACGCCAAACCUCCUGAAAACAAGAGGGAGAAAGCUUCCCUCUUCUACGAACUCAUCUCAGUCAGGGAGGAGAUGUCAGAUCUGCGGGCUCUGAUCCGCCUGAAGGAGAAGGACCUGAGGUGUCUUGAGUGGAGUUUAAUGGGUCAGAAGUCCCAGGGAGCAGCAGGAGUUUUUAUCCCAGAGAGUCUCAGAGAGGAGGCCGAACAGCAGAGAUUUUGUGAGAAUGCUGCCAAAGUUGGCUGCGACGGAGAACUCAGUCCUCUAACCAGAUCCAUUUUCAAAGACCUACAGGCAGUUCUACAGAGGGAACAGGCACUGAAGAAGAGGCUGGGGAUGAUCCAUGACUCUCUGACCACAGCUCUGACAGACGGCGCCCCCAACAGGAAGGACAACGCAGAGCAGAUUGCUCGCCUCACACAAGCUCACAGCAAAGCCUUGAGCUCGUACCGACAGAUUCGCAGGAAGUAUCGUGAGCAGGUGUGGAGGCUGGAGCAGAAGGUGGCAGCCAUGAUGGAGAGGCACAACCAGAGUGAAGCAACUAAAGAUGCAGAAGAAGCUGCGGAGUGGAAGAGAGAAGAGACUGUUUUAUAA